AAAUAAAUAUCAUUCCGAUCAAAUAAUAAUUGUAAACAAAUACUGGAUACUUGAACAUCAUGAAAAUCAUGAAUAAGAGACCACUUCGGUUUUAUGUUCGGACAAUUGCUUUCCUGGUGCUGUGCUUUAUUAUGUUGCAGUGUUGUAACUUAAAUGUUUUUAAAAGUCCUGGAGGUACGCUAAAAAAAUCAUGGACCAACAUCUCGGCCCAAGAAGCACCUUUUAUAGCACUAAUGAAAGAAAAAGAGGCAUUGUUAAAAGAUUUGAGUACUGAACAGAAUGACACAAUCUCGAGAAUCAAGCGCAAGAUCUAUGAAAUUAACGAGCAGCAGGUGAUCCUAAAUGAAAAUAAAUUCGGUCCCCUGGACAAUAAUUCUGUGGUUAUUGUUAUUCAAGUGCACAAGCAAUUUAGCUAUUUAAGGUACUCGGUAAACAGUCUUUCUCACGCCAGGGAUAUUUCCAAAGCAUUGCUUGUAUUUUCACACGAGUUCUACGACGACAAUAUUAACGAUUUUGUGCAAGCGAUUGAAUUCUGCAAGGUGAUUCAGAUGUACUAUCCACACUCUUUACAAACGCAUCCGCAUAAGUUUCCUGGCAGGGAUCCCAACGACUGCCCGCGGAAUAUUACAAAAAAUAUAGCUAUCAUCAACAAUUGCAAUAAUGCACUUUAUCCAGAUAUAAAUGGACAUUAUAGACAGGCAAAGCUUACACAGGCGAAGCAUCACUGGUGGUGGAAGGCGAACCGCGUUUUCCAUCAACUUAAGGCUACCAGAUAUCAUGCUGGUCUUGUGUUAUUUUUGGAGGAAAAUCAUUUUGUAGCCGAAGACUUCUUGUACGUAGUGACAAAAAUGCAGCAGAACAGGCAGAAGUUGUGCCCGCAAUGUAAUAUUCUGCGGCUUGGCAAUCAUAUCAUUACACUUAAAUUUUCCAAGGUUGAAUGCUUUCCUUGGGUAAGUGAAAAACACAAUAUAGCUAUUGCGUUAAAUCGAACCACCUGGUUGGACAUACGGAGUUGUGCCCAAAGUUUUUGCACUUAUGAUGACUAUAGUUGGGACCGGUCACUGCAGCAUGUAUCCGAGACGUGUCUGUUAAGGAAUCUUCACGUAAUGGCAAUAAAGGGAACGCGUGUCUAUCCCAUUGGCAAGUGUGAUCAAAGCUUAAAUUGUGAUUCUGUGCUGGCUUUAUCCACUGCGAAGCGAGCGAUUCGUUUUGCAUUAAGAGCUGGCCAGUUCUAUCCGAAAACGCUUACACUAGAUGCAACAUCGAAAGCUUCAAUCAAUAAUCUAAAGGCAGUUAACAGAAAUGGAGGUUGGAGUGAUCCACGCGAUCAUCGACUGUGCUUAAAUGCAGCCUCGCUUUAAUGGCUUACAUUGAAUUAAGGUUUUUCAGCGGUUGGAUAUUACAACAAUAUUAUACUACAGAAGUUUAAAGAACGACAAUUUAAAUAUAAACAUCAAACGAUUUAACACAUCAUUAAGAGAACAGAAAUGAUUUCACAGAUGCUGUCCAUAGAAUCUAAAUGCCAAUUGCGAAAUAGUUUACUCCUCUGCGUUCCUGACUGUGCA